CACAGAGCGUCGCUGUGCGUCCCCAUUUCUUUUCGGGAGCUCUGGAAGCUCCUCGGGCCUUUCUGGUGGGUUCUACGACCAUCGUCCUCAUCCAUAAAUCCCUCGAUUUCCGACUCGGGUCGGCGGAGAGAGCGGGCACGAUUUGUCGGUCCGUUUCUGCGCUUUCGGACGGUGUUUCAUCGUCGUGUUGAUGAAUCGAGCAGGGCGCGGUUGUCUAAGAUUUGGUGGAGUGGGGCGGAAGGCAGGGGACAGGAAAGCGCCAGUUUGGAAGGUGGGAGUCGAUCGGACUGAUCUCGGCGGUCCUUCGAUGAGGAUAAUCUGUGAUGAGAUCAGUCUUUGAGUGCUCGAGAUUGAGCUGAUAGCUACAUAAUCCGAGCCUGAUCAAGAAUCCAACACAAUAUACCUCCCUAGCUCUGAUUGAGAAGAACCUCUUGCAACUGGAAGGCAACGAGAGGGUGGUGAAUAUUGUGGAGCGGAAGACGAUUGGACUGAUCUGAGUGGUGGGAUUUCUUGUCGAUUACCAGGGCUGAUAGCAAUUGGGAGAGGCGAGGAAGGGAAGGGGUGCAAAUUUGAGGUGCGAAUUUCGAGUUAGUGAGGAAGGUUGGUCGUUGAAGAGGUGGGGAAGGGAGGACAGAAUGCAACCACCGGGUAGAGAUGGACGAGGGAACAAUAUGCGAGGAUUCGGUGGGGGAGGAGGUUUCUUUCCAGGAUUUCCAGACCCUUUUGCAGGAUUUGGUGGAAGGCCAAGCUUUCUUUCGGAUAUGUUUGAUAACGAUCCCUUCUUCAGCGAUCCGUUCUUGAACCGUCCUUUCGGAAGUCUAUUCGGUAAUCCGAGUAAUCUGUUCGGCCCCAGUGGUUUCUUUAGUCAAAGUCUCUUUCCUCCCUUUCCUCCUCCUCCUCAAAUCCUUCAAGAAGCUUUUCACCGGCAGAUACCCGUCGAGGACUUGAUAUUUAAUUCGGCGCCGGAAGGAGGUCGAACAAGUGUCCAUAUUGAGGAGGUUCCAGACGACCAUGAUGACGGAGGAAAUGCAGGGCCCAAAUCGAAUCAGGAGCCGAUAGUUGAGCAUCCUGAGGACGAUGAUAACAAGAAUACAGAAAUAGUGCAUUAUCAACCUGCUCCUUCCACGAGGACUUCACAGUCAGUCUCGAAUACGCGAUCUACCAACCUCCCAGUCAGUUACUCCUACCAAAGUUCAUCGGUAACUUAUGGCGGAACAAAUGGUCCAUACUAUGCUUCUCAUUCGAGCCGGAGAAUAGGGCCUGAUGGGGUCUAUGAAGAGGAACAUCAGGAGAAAGAUCUUGCUGCUGGAAAAGAGAGUCAUAAAAUUUUGCAUGGAUUGGGUAAUAAGGGUAGAGCUUUGACCCGGAAAAGGAACGCGGAAGGCCGGGAGGAAAAGUUUGAAACUUUGCACAACUUGGCUCUAGAUGAAGUUCAAGAUUUUGAAAGAAAGUGGGAAGUUAGGGCUGAGAAAAGCUUUCCUCGAUACAAAAGUUCGUCACAACGUCUCGGUUCAGGGUCGGGCACCAAAUCAAGAGCCGCACUGCCAUCGAAUAGUGGAAAUUCGCACUCCACCGAAUGAUCAAGAGAAUCAUAGAAUUGACGAACUCUGUUUCUAAUGAGAACUAGACUCGACUUCGUCAAUUAUGUUCAGGCCUGGCUGCAGGUUCUAGUUCAGGUUCCAAAUCAUGGGGUGGUCCACUAUUGCAAACGGUGGAGUGUCUCGUUCCAAUGGACUUUGAAGAGUUCCGACCGAACCAGCGAAACACGUUUUUCCAACAGAAAGGAGAAUGGAUUUUGACAAUCUGUUUGAAGUUUCCUGUAGCAUAUGAGUUAAAGAGUGUAGGCUCCACAGCUUAUUGCCGUGGUCCACAUGCUUAUGUACAGUGCCUGAGCAGAAGAGUCAUGUUGCCCAUGACGUUGUACGUAGAAUAGAAUUGAAGUCUUCAUCUUAUUUGUCUAUAGUUGAAUUAAGACUUGGACUUAGUUCUAUGGUGAUUUCCAUACGUCGAAGAAACAUACCGAGUUCACUCACAAUUGAACUUAGUUAGUUAGAUAUUCAGCAAUUUUCAGCCUCUGGAAUAUUAAAGUAAUUUUUGUCUCUCAAAAUUAUCUACAAGUUGAACUUUCCUAAUGACAGGUUUAUGAACCUGCCCAUAUAACAGAACAAUAACUAGACCUAGUCCCACUACCGAAGUUAUCUUCAAUCUCGGAGGAAGUUCUUAUCUUCCCGAAUGAAACGGAUGGAAGUCUUUUCUCGAUGAAUGUGAAAUGAAAGGAUUAGAUUGUAAGGAGCAAGUCAUUGCGGGACGUUCUUACGGACUGUUCGAGGGUAUGAUUGGCAGUCCUCCAUUAUGAGAAAUGUCAGCCGACAGUAGUUGACGACGGUUGUUAAAUCUCACCUCGUUGUGUUUAUCAUCCACAGACGUGGAUGAUGAAAGUCGAACACGAAGCAAUUCGUUCGGACGUUUAGUGCCG